CCAGUGCGGCGGGUCCCUCGGAGAUCGCCGCGCUGAAGUAGCGGGUGCGGGGCUGGGAGGAGUCAGCGCUUGCACGGCCGCCAGGCCCCACAAGCUCCGGCCAUGGACCGGGACCUUCUGCGGCAGUCGCUGAAUUGCCACGGCCCGUCGCUGCUCUCCCUUCUCCGGAGCGAGCAGCACGACAAUCCGCACUUCCGGAGCCUCCUGGGCUCGGCGGCCGAGCCUGCCCGGGGCCCGCCGCUCCAGCAGUUCCCGGGCAGAAAAGAGAAGAGAAUUGACAAUAUUGAAAUACAACAGUUCAUUUCCAAAAAAGCGGAUCUCCUGUUUGCGCUUUCCUGGAAAUCGGAUGCACAGGCCGUUUCUGAGGUUAAUGAAGACCAUGAAGAACACUAUGCAGUCAUGCCGCCUUUAGAGCAGUUCAUGGAGAUCCCCAGUAUGGACCGGCGAGAACUGUUUUUCCGAGACGUGGAGCGUGGCGAUAUAGUGAUUGGAAGGAUUAGUUCCAUCCGGGAGUUUGGGUUUUUCAUGGUGUUGAUCUGUUUAGGCAGUGGCAUCAUGAGAGACAUCUCUCACUUAGAAAUCACAGCUCUUUGUCCAUUGAGAGAUGUGCCUCCUCAUAGUAACCAUGGUGAUCCUCUGUCAUAUUACCAAACUGGUGACAUCAUCCGAGCUGGAAUCAAGGAUAUUGACAGAUACCAUGAAAAGCUUGCAGUAUCUCUGUAUAGCUCAUCCCUUCCACCGCACUUAGCAAGUAUUAAAUUGGGUGUAAUUACUUCUGAAGAGCUUCCUUUGUACUACAGGAAGAGUGUUGAACUGGACAGCAACUCUUUGGAGUCCUAUGAAAAUAUCAUGCAGAGUUCCUUAGGGUUCGUGAAUCCAGGAGUAGUUGAAUACCUUCUAGGAAAACUAGGAAUCGAUGAAUCUAAUCCUCCUUCUUUAAUGAGAGGCCUACAAAGCAAAAAUUUCUCUGAAGAUGAUUAUGCUUCUGCGUUAAGAAAGAAACAGUCUGCAUCUUGGGCCUUAAAAUGUGUGAAGAUUGGAGUAGAUUAUUUUAAGGUUGGACGCCAUGUUGAUGCUAUGAAUGAGUACAAUAAGGCACUGGAAAUAGACAAGCAAAAUGUGGAAGCUUUAGUAGCUCGUGGAGCAUUAUAUGCAACGAAAGGAAGUCUGAACAAAGCCAUAGAAGACUUUGAACUUGCACUGGAGAACUGCCCAACUCACAGGAAUGCAAGAAAAUAUCUCUGCCAGACACUUGUAGAAAGAGGGGGACAGUUAGAAGAAGAAGAAAAGUUUUUAAAUGCUGAAAGUUACUAUAAGAAAGCCUUGGCUCUGGACGAGACUUUCACAGACGCAGAGGAUGCUCUGCAGAAACUUCAUAAAUAUAUGCAGAAAUCUUUGGAAUUAAGAGAAAAACAAGCUGAAAAGGAAGAAAAACAGAAAACAAAGAAAAUAGAAACAAGUGCAGAAAAAUUGCGUAAGCUCUUAAAAGAGGAGAAAAGGUUAAAGAAGAAAAAAAGAAAAUCAACUUCCUCCUCCUCGAGUGUUUCGUCUACUGAUGAAUCAGCUUCUUCUUCUUCAUCAUCUUCCUCUUCCAGUCACAGAAGGCAUAAGAAACAUAAGAAGAGCCGUUCAGAAUCUUCUCGAAGUUCCAGAAGGCAUUGUUCUAAGGCAUCCUCAAGUCAGGUAGAUGAUGACAGGGGAGAGGAGUACUACCCUCUUCCAAUCAAUACGACAGCAUCCUUCCUUAACCAAAAACAAGAAGUGGAAAAGUUCUUAGAAAAGCAAGAUAGAUUACCCUAUCCAAAGACACAGGUAAAAGAGAAAGAUAGAUACUCUCUCUGUUCAUCUUCAGCUGAAAUUCCGGAUGAUUUUGGAGGUAGGUCUGAAGAUUCAAGAGAUUCUUAUAAUAGCUAUAAAACUCAGGCAGGUAGUAGCAAAACAGAAAAGCCAUAUAAAUCAGAAAGACAUUUUACCAAUAGGAGAGAUUCCUCAGAAUCCUUUUUUAGGAGCUCAGAGGACAAGAUACGAAAUUAUGGUAAUAGGAGAUUUGACAGGGAUGUAGAGGGGAGAAAAGAGCAUUCUAGAAGAUGGGAGCCAGGUUCAGGGAGACAACCCCCUUCACCAGCAAGCUCAGAAUGCUCUGGGAAGUCACUUGAAAAAUAUAAAAAAUGUGCUUAUUCUGGAUCACGUGAUUUCUUUAAACCUGAGCAGAGGUACCAAUUAAAUGCAAAUCAGGGAGAGUAUGAAAGAGAGGACAAUGGCGGGGAAGAUCUUAAAACAGAGGCUCUGGGAGAAGAUAGACCAAGUAGCAAAGACCAACCAGAAAGAGUGAAAAAGAACUUACCCCAAAAUUUACUCAAUAUAUUUAAUCAGAUAGCUGAGUUUGAGAAAGAAAAAGGAAAUAAGCCAAAAAAUAAAUAAAUAUGCCAAGGAAAUCAGCACCAUCAUCACACUAAAGACUUGAAGUGUAGUUAGAGCGAUUCCUGCAGAAGUCGUUGCUCCUAUACUUUUAUUUGAGACGAAUAUGAAAAGCAAAACGAUUUUUUGCUUUUUCCCAAAUUAUAUUUGUUUGGGUUCUAGGUCUGCUUUUCACAGCUUGAUGUUUAAGUUUUUCAUGGAUGUUUAUGUAUAGCAUUUCCAACUCUGAUGACUUGUUCACCUAACAGUUAUUUGAAAGCAUUGUUCCUUCCUUCAUUGUAUAAUGGCUCAUAAGAAUGCUUGGAUCCACCUUAUUCUUGCUGAUCAGAGAAUAAAUUUGUGUUGAACACUUGAA